UUAGCAGUUGUUGAUGUAACACUAGUGACAUUGCAUUGGAAUACAUCUCCAACUCUGCCACUGGAUAUGACAUCUGUCAUGGCAGUGUAUCUGUCACUGCCCAGGUCCAGAGACAGCCAUGUUCAGAGCUCUCCCACCAGUGGAGGUACACCUCACUCUGAAUGUCGAUGUUUCCGCCUCCACCUCAAUAGCUGCAGUUACCUCAGU